UUUCUGGGUCUCCAGAACAUACACCAGGUGCAACGGUCUGCUAGAAUCCCAUUUCCCAUUUUAGUCGUGAAGAAUGCACAUUAGUUAGAUGCUGGCGCGCGCCGUGCGCCAAUAGUUUCCACGAGUACUUUCAACCCAAUCUCCUGGUAUCUCCCCCAGGUAUACAUACAUUCGAUAUAGCAGCUCCUAAGUCACGGCUGGCAUUGCAUCUUUUGGUACUCACGACGCCACUAAUUUAUUCUAGGUACCGAAACUUAGGUAGUUAAAAAGUCGCUGACCGAGACGCCAUGAUGCACCCGAAGCGCGGCGCAGGCUUUAAGCGCGUCAGCCACGGCGACUCGCUCGUGCGAGCGCUUCUCGCGGCGCUCGCCUCCUUCCUCGCCGCAGCGUUCAUCUGCGUCGUUCUCAUCCUCGCUACAGGCGCAUCCGUUACCAUCUUCCCCGUUCCGCCCGUUGUCGUCGCAAAGAAGGCGGCGGAAGCGCAAGGCGGCGGCUCCGCGGGAGGCGCAGGGGCGGCGGCGGGGGAGGCGGGCGGAGCAGCCGCAGGGGGAAGCGGAGGGGCGAACGUGCCGUUUCUGUCGGAUUUCGAUUUAUCGAAGCCGAUUGUAGGGGGGCCGGAGACGAAAAAGCAGACUAUUGAUGAGGCGGAUUUCAACCACGGGGAGGCUGUUUACCAGAUGCACGUGGCCCAGCGCAGCGAGAUGAUGGGCGGAAGCAGGCCCAAGCCGCCCUACCGCGGAUGGAACGCGGGGAAGGUGAAGGAGGUCUUUCUCUCGCCCAUGUAUCCCUGCAGGCGCCAGCAGAAGCUUGCUAGGAGGGGCGAGGCCGCUUGGUGGAUUUGUAACGUUGCGAAGAUUCGCCGCAACCCGCAUCCCAUUAUCUACAGCAUAGGCGCAGUGAGCCUAGACUUUGAAGAUGUGGCUGCGCGAAAGUUCAAGGCAACUUCCUUCAUCAUCAACCCGUUCCUGGAGGCUCGGACCAAGGCUCAGAUCGCCAAGCGGGGGCACCUGCGCCACGUCAGCGUGGGCGUCGGCGCGGCCAAUCAGAUCGAAGCACUGCGCAAGGCUGCGCCUACUAAGGAGUUUCUCACCCUGCACACCAUUAUGAAGGAGCUCAACCACACACAUAUCGACAUUCUCAAGAUCGACUGUGAGCGCUGCGAGGAGGCGGUUAUUCCCGACUUGGUGCAGUUCUUUGGCCGGGAACAGGCCCCUGCAAGCCAAAUUAUCCUCGAGAUUCACCAGACGCACCAUGUGGGCCGCACAACGGAAGUUAUGUUUGCUCUAGAGGACCUCGGUUACCGCCUGUUCCAGGCAGAGCCUGCCUCCAGUUGUAACACGUGUUACCACCUCUCCUUCGUGCACGAAAAAUUUGUGGAUCCACAAGUGCCUUAUCCGCCUGUAUAGGACCUUGGUUACUGCCUGUUACAGGCAGAGGCUGCAAGUUAACAUGUGUUACCCCCCCAUAAAUUCGUGGACCCAUAAGUUUUUUAUCCACCUGUGUAGGGCCUUGUUUUCUGCUUUAUGUAGACACCUUGCCAGCAAUUGUAACGUGUGUUACCGCAUCUUGUUUGUGGGCUGCACCUGCAGGUGGAGCUUUGGUAAGCUUGGUUGCUUGCAGGUGGAAAAUAGGUACUGAGAUUGAAUUGCACAAUGUAG